UAAUGUAUUAAUUUAACCGCUUAAACUCAUUCACGUUAAUAUAAAAUAUUGUGUUUCGUUGACAGAUUGAAGGAAGUGCAGCAAAAUACCAAAUAUGAGGAUAUUCCUAGCGUGUACGUUGUUGGCGGUGUCAGCAUUAGCCGAACCUCCUGUAGACAACAGAUACCUACCACCUCAGCAGGACUUCAAUGGUGGCUUUUCACCCCCGUCGCAAAGCUAUGGCGCUCCUAGUGGCGCACCCAGGCAAACGGAUGCCGUUUUUGGACAACGUCCGUCAUCAACCUACGGUGCUCCCAACUCCCGUUCCUCUCGACCUUCCAACCAAUAUGGACCUCCGCAAGGAAGACAGCCAUCCAGCCAAUACCUACCUCCCCAAGGCAGGGCUCAGCAACCCUCUAACCAGUACGGACCUCCUCAAAGCAGAGCUCAGCAACCGUCCAAUCAAUAUGGCGCUCCUCAAGGCAGGGCUCAGCAACCGUCAAAUCAAUAUGGUCCUCCAUCAAGCAGGGCCCAGCAACCCUCAAACCAAUACGGACCUCCGCAAGCCAGAGGUCAACCCUCUAACCAAUACGGACCUCCUCAAUCCAGGGCCCAAGCACCUUCCAAUCAAUACGGCCCUCCUCAAUCUCGAUCUCAGCAGCCUUCCAAUCAAUAUAGACCUCCCAAUCAAGAUAACCAAUUCAGAUCUCAACCUUCAAGCCAAUACGGUGCUCCUGCAUUCGGCCAAAAUGCCAGACAGAACCAAUACUCUGGCCAGGGCAGAUCUCCAUCAAACCAGUACCUGCCUCCUAACCAGAAUGCUGGGCAACCUUCGACUGAAUAUGGAGCACCUGGAUUUGGGACACCUUCUCAAGAGUAUGGAGCGCCCAAUAGUGGUAAGUGCCUACCGUUUUGUCAGGAAUAUAACCAAGGUGGCAGCUUUGGAGAUGCUCAGAGCAGGCAGUACCUUCCUCCCGGCGCCAGAGGAGGAUAUGGUGGUGACGACGAUGGCAGUAAUGGGGAGCCAGCAAACUACAGCUUCGAGUACAUGGUAAAAGAUGACCAAUCCGGCAACGAUUUUGGGCACCGCGAGUCCAGAAUGGGUGAUCGCGCUGAAGGACUCUACUACGUCCUGCUGCCUGAUGGCAGGAAACAGACCGUGGAAUACGAGGCAGACCAGGACGGUUACAAGCCCAGGAUCUCAUACGAGGACACCGGUGCUGGCGCUGGCUACGACUCCAACGCGCAAGCUUUCGGACAAGAUGGCGGCUACAAUCAAAAUGGCGGCUAUUAAGCAAUGCGGUAUAUGAAGUUUCAGCGAUAUUAGUUAUCCAUCUGGCUUUUACUGUGUGUAAAAGAUAGAGAUGGAUAGGUGACAUUGCGUUUAAAACUUUCAUCUCUUAGCGGCCUGUAGUAAAACACUGUUAGGGUUAUUAAGCAUUGCAGUUUGAUAAUAUUUAAAAACGUAUAAAUGCAUGACGUGUCCUCAUUUGUACAUAGUAAUUUUCAGUCAGUUUGUUAUUUGGGUUAUUCUCUGAGAAUACGUCUACGGUUGCGUCUAAUCGUCACGACUCUUUUCAUGCAUUUUGUAUGGGUAGCGGCUAUAAGAGCGCAGACAUAUUUUUUGAGAAUGACUGAUUUCCAUGUUGAUGAUGUAUGUUGUAGGUAAUGUAACAAAACUGACUUGGGGAUACAAAUUUUGCUUUUUUCAGUUUUCUAAUAAAUCAUAACUAGAUCAAAAUGAAUGCGUUAAUGUUUUUAACAGUGUUUUAAAAAGUGGCACUUUCUGUACAAGUAAAAAAUGGGAUUAAGUAUUCUGUGGCUAUGAAUUGAACCUUAAAAAAUCAUGGGAAACUAUCUUGGGAUGUUUCGAUUCGCAGAUUAUUUCAUAUUAACAUUUUUGACUUUUUUUGCUUUUUAGGAAUUGUUAUAGGGGGUUUGUGUGAUGUUACAGUGAGA